ACAAGGUGCCACUGUAGUUGGUUAUCCACAAUACUUCCAUAGGAGCGGGAGGGCAUCUGGCUUUGGGCACCAGAGGCACCAUAAUCUUUAUACGCGAAGAGUAAGAAAUAAAGUGCCAUUCUAUUGAAUACUCUGCAUGGAGCAAAGAAAAGAGGGAGUGAUGGUGGCGAAGAUGAUGCCGCAGCAGAACCCAAUUGAGCAGUUACAGGCUCGCUUCAAGGAGUUGGAGACUCAGUUCAAGGCGUGGUUGGCCAAGCAGUCGCUGCCAGUGGAGGUUGCCUUGGUCACCGCCACCAGCGCCGCUCAGGGCGCUGCCAUAGGCGCCCUCAUGGGCACUCUCACCAACGACAUGCCUUCAUCUCUCCCAGCCACUCCCCCCCAGGGCAGCCCCCAAGCCAUGGCCUCUUUCCAGCAAGCACAGUCUCUUGCUGGGGGUCCGUUGGUACAAGCUCGCAACUUUGCUGUGAUAACAGGUGUCAAUGCUGGCAUCACCUCUGUCAUGAGACGACUUAGAGGCAAGGAGGAUGUCCAGUCUAGCAUGGUGGCAGCUUUUGGUUCUGGAGCUAUGUUUACAUUGGUGAGUGGCAUGGGCGCGGGUGCCCCAAAUCAAGCAGCAAAUGCAAUCACUUCUGGCCUCUUUUUUGCUCUUGUCCAAGGUGGGAUUUUCAAGCUAGGGGAAAAGUUCUUUAAACCUCCAGUUGAAGAUGUCUUCUAUACUAAAACAAGAUCCAUGUUGUAUAACCUUGGCCUCCAGAAUUUCGAGAAGAAUUUCAAGAAAGGCUUGUUAACGGAUAGCACAUUACCUCUGCUCACUGACAGUGCUCUUAGAGAUGCAAAAAUCCCUCCUGGACCAAGACUUCUCAUUCUUGAUCACAUUCAGAGGGACCCGGAGAUGAGAAGUAGGCAAGGAAGUGGUCGUUGAUUACCUACUGUCAAACCAGUUGUCCGCCACUACUGUUUUACCUGUUAAACCUCAGAAAAGAUAGUAAUCUUACCUGCAAUGAGAUGACAAUUUUUGUGGUCUAACAGAUUAAAUUCUCAGUAUAAAAAAAAAAAGGAAAGAAAAAACACUUUUAAGUUGUGCCUUAGUAGUUUUGGUGCUAUUAAUUGGCUCAAAUAAUACUGUUUAUGAUCUUGAAUGUGGUAUUCUGAAUAAUAUAUGCUGAUCACUAUUUUUGAUAA